AUGGGUAGGAUGUUGAAGAUGUUAUGGUUAGCACUGAUAGCAACUAUUACAGCAAAGGAUCUACCCGGUUUAGAUUAUCUAAUAUCUGGUUUUGAUGCGCUCAAGAUGAUUGGUACCAACGAAGACACUUCAUCAUCUGAUCGCUCAAAAUUUCGACUGUUUGAUCUACGUCAACUUGAUGGAGAGGAAUAUAUAUUGAAAACAGCAAAUAGAACUCAAUCGUUCAAAACACCAAGUCUCGUUCAGGUUACCAAUAUCAAUAUGAGAAAUCGUGUUAGUGUUGAAUCUGUUUCAUAUACAUAUCGAGAAUUUUUACGAAGUUAUUUUCAUUCUUAUUCAUUUGAAAUUGCAAUACCUGUGGGACCAGCAAACAUAGCACUUGGUUAUCAUAAAACGUUGAAGGAAGCAUAUCAAACCAUCAGUAAAAAACAAACAGCUAUUGGAAUGUCAACAGAUUGGUGGGGAAUGUUUUCGGUUCAGUUGGCGCCAACCUAUAUAUUAGCGUUCGAUCCAAUAUUCAAUCGUAGUUUAUCAAAACUGAUUGCUAAUCCAACAACAGACACUCAACAAAUGUAUUAUAAUCAGCUUAUAUUAACAUUUGGUACCCAUUAUAUUUCAUCGAUCGUUGUUGGUGGUGCUGUGGAAAUGUUCACUCAAGUCACCAGUGAAUACCAAGAAACCCACAGUAAAGUGUCAGUUGAGCAACAAGUGAGCGUUGGUUUCGGAUAUCAACAAGCUCAAAUGUCAGCAUCCACCAAUUUAGGUUUUGAAGUUGGUGUAAAUACUGAAGAUUUUAAGAAAAACGCUCAGAUGGAAGUAAAAUUCUCGCCAGCUGUAAUAACAACAUCUGAGACAGAGAAGAAACAAUGGGAUAUUUGGUUGGAUCGCGCGUCAUCAUCGCCAGUCGUCGUUAAUCGAACUAUAUCACCAUUGAUUAAUCUCUUGAUUGAAUAUCCCAUCGAAAUACGACGACAUUUAGAGUUAACCAUUGAUUAUUACUUAAAAAAUGGUAAAGUACCAACCAUUGAUGAUUUGUCAAAUGUUGGUCAGCGUAAAAAGCGUGCAAUUGGUAAUCAAAAUGUCUUGCCGGGUUUAGAUAUUGUUGGAUGUGGUUAUGAUAUUUUCUCAUUAAAAAGUAAAUCUUGUCUAUUGGAUAUGACAAUGAAUGACAAUACAACAUGGAUCGAUGUAUUUGAUAAUUUUACGACAUAUAAAGUUCCAGAUGGAUAUUUUGUGACAGGAAGGAAAGAUUUAUUAUCAAUGUAUGAUACAGUGUUUUUCAAUACAUUAAAAGAAUUCGUUACAGAUUCUUAUAUAUCCGAUCAACAUGAUUCAUCGGAUUUCUUAGGAUUUGGAGUAUCUGCUGAUAAAGUAGAAAUGAGAACUAGAUAUCAACGGUUUUAUCAACAUAAAUAUCGAAUGGCAUGGACAAAACAACAGGUGAUUUGGUUUAACUUAGCUGUAGUAACAUUUCCAUCACCGAAACUAAAUCGAAUUGCUAGUCUGGCUAUCUCUCGUUUACCAACCACAUUCGAUCCGAAAUCAGCAGACUACAAAAAAUUUCAAUUAUUUUUUUAUUCCUAUGGUACUCAUAUCGUUGUUCGAUCGGAUAUAGGUGGUAUGCUAUGGGCUGAAGACUAUUUUGAAUCGUGUUUAAUCACAAAAAUGACAGAAAAAUGGAUCCGGCGAGAAAUUACCAAACGUUAUUGGUUUUUCGGUACAUCUCGAGAAAUCACUGAAACCUACAAUAAAGAGGUAGAAAAAGAAUAUCAACAAAAUUCAUUAUCUAUCUUUAAAAUCAUUGGUGGAUUGACUUCAAUAUUUCCAUUGACUGGCUAUAAUUGGCUUCCAACCGUCAAAGACAAUCCAAGUCCAGUUACAUAUGGAUUACAACCGAUCUACAACCUUUUACCACAAGGGGCACAACGUGAUGCCUUAAAAGAAGCAACAUUUUACUUUCGAUCGGCUAUAACUAAUUCAACUAACUUAUACAUUCAACGAUUAGAAUCGGAAACCGACCCACCACCUUUACCACAAUUAAAAUGCACUGAACGACGCCGACGAAGAAAACGUGAUGUUAAAACGAAUCCAUUUUUAUCUAAUAUAAAAAAUGCACGACUGAAAUUGUGUCCAAUCAUUGGCUAUCAUGGAAUGUUUUGUCCAGGUGAUGAAACCACCAAUUUUACUAAUAAGACAUUCAGUUCAACCAAUGGACCGCAAAUAUCACCAUUUCAACGUUCCUUAUCAAUACUCCCUCUACCACGAGCCAUCGGAACGGCGAUUCAUAUAGGUACAGGAGAUAUUCUCUUGCCAGCAUUGGACCGAUCCAGAAUCGGCGUAAACAUUUUUCCUACGGAAAAUGAUUUGGUAAAAGUGUGGUUACGUGGUUACGAAACAGGUCAAUGGUCUGGUGGAGAACUAGCUCGAACAAAAGAUAUAUCGGAUGUUUAUGAAAAAUUUUUAAAAAAUGGUCAAGCAACAGCCAUUUCACAAGAUUUCAAAGUACUGUACACUUUAUCAAUGAAAUCAGCAGAUAAUCCAAAAUCUCUUGUUCCGAAUGAAUAUGCGCAAGCUGCUAUUAACGCAUUGACAGUCAACUACGACGAAGAGUUGUACAAUAGUUUCAUAGAUGCUUGGGGACCACAUAUUACUGUAUCGAAUAAAGUCGGUGGUAUGACAGAACAACAAGUUAUCUUCAAAAAUUGUAUGAUUAAUACCACAAAUUUCACCGAUGGUACCACACAGUCUAUUUUAGAAAGAAAUCUAAGACAAUAA